UGUAUACUUGAUCCAUUUGUUCUUCCAUAAUAAUGAUCCAAAUCAUUUAACCCUAAUAGAAUUUCAUAAAUUGAACAAUGAUCAACGAUUUUCUAAAUAUGAGAAAUAUUUAUUAUCAAAUUAUAUUACUGAUUUCUUAAUGAUUAUAAUGCCUCAA